AUGAGGGUUUUAGGAAUAAUUAUCCUCGCCGUGCUCCUCCUCUUCACUCCACCGUCAACAGCGGAGAUCCAAUCACGGAAUAUCCGAUGGAAUGACCAAUAUUUGAUAUUAUUUGAGGAGUUUGAGUUCACAAAUACCGGUUUUGUCUCAGUCGCGAUCUCCAACGUGUCGGUCAUCUCCCCCUAUGAUUUUGAUCCUUCAAGUAUGGGUUUCUUCCUUGUCCAAUCAGACUUGAAAGAACUCGCCCUCCAAUUAUUUAACCGUAAAUUCUGCGUAAUGAAUUCCAGACUCAUCUCACCUCUCUUUACGUUCCAAAAUCUCUCAUGUCCUUAUUCUUCAUUCAACAUGACGUACCCUACGCCAUAUCCCAAUAUGUUAUCCCUCUACUACGCCAAUUGCAACGACAAAACCUACGUUACCAUGGACGUCCGCACAGAGCUCUACAACACAGUUAACGACACUACAAAGAUCUAUCUGUCACUAACACAGCUCCCGUCGUUUUACUUCAAAUUCUCUCUCGUUUAUUUGUUUUUUCUAGGGUUUUGGAUCUUCUUGUGCUUCAAGAACAAAAAAUCUAUUUGCAUGGUUGAUUUACUAAUGGGUGGGUUGCUUGUUGUGAGUGUGCUUCUAUUGAUUAGUAAGUCUAUGGAAAAACACUAUGUGGAGGUUACAGGUACUCCUCAUGGAUGGGAUACCAUGGUUUACACAUUACAGUUUUUCAGGAUUGUGUUCUUGUUCGCUGUGAUCACAUUGAACUCUACCAGAUGGUCUUGCUUGGAAGGUCAUGAGGUAUUCGUAAUGUUGUUUUGCCUCGGGAUUUUUCUACUUUUGACUUUGUUGUCUUAUUUACCUUCCCUUAUAAUAAGGGAUGACACCUCUUCUGAAGAAUGGAUCCCUUUCUGUCUUGAGAUGAUGAUGCGCAUCUUUGGUAUUUUGUUCCCAAUUUUCAUGUCGAUUAGGUCGUUGGACCAUGCUUCUUAUAUGACUGACGAUAAGGUUUUUAAGAGUUUGGUAGUGUUUUGGACGUGCUUUUUAAUUGUGGCUACGGGAUAUUUGUUCUAUUGGAGGAUUCCUAUUUUUGUAGUGAAGGUCUCUUUAGGUUACAAGUACUACCGGUGGGUGUCUAUUGUGGGAGAAGAAAUAUGCAAUCUUUUGUUUUAUAUGGUGAUGUUUUACAUGUUUAGUCGUUUGAGGAAGAUGAUAGAAUUCUUUGUUCUUGAAGCUAAAGAUGAAGAAAACAAACAUGAUAGCUAUCGGGGAUGGUGA